AGAAAACGCAGAGGAGCUCACAUGGAGGGAAUCAGGAAACGUCCAUGGUCCGAUCUCCCGCCGGAGCUUCUCUCCAUGAUUGGCAGUCGGCUCCAAACUCGCAUGGACGUCCUCCGGUUCCGCAGCGUCUGCUCUUCGUUCCGCUCCUCCAUCGCGCCGCCUGCCCCGCGACUCCCUUUCCAAGUACCUUCCGCGCGGAGGCUCGACCUCGACCUCUUCCUCCACGAGAGAACGGUCUACGCCCUCAAGACACCGGCGGACAAAGCCGCUUCCGGUCGCGAGUGGCGGCUGCUGAAGCUCGAGGAGGCGGAGCUUGGGGAUAUGCUUAUCUUCGGCCUCUUCUCGCGUCGGCUGCCACUCGGGUCCUUGCCCCGCAAGUUCCCAGAGGUACUCGAUUCCCUCCAAUUCCGAGUUGAAAUCUGUAGAGAAUACACGCUCCAAUAUCGCCAUGGUUGUACCCAAGGCCUGAAAGUAGUGGUGCAUCCGGAUUGUGCUCUAGAUCAGCGUGUGGUUUAUUUCAUCGAUUUGGAAAGGCAAUUAUGGUAUUGGAAGCAUGGGGAUGAGAAUUGGAGCCAUUUAGGCUGCGGUUACGAGGACAUCGAAGUCUACCAAGGCAAAGUUUGGGCCGUCGACGUGUCCGGGUUGGUUUCGCAGAUCGAUUCAUCUUUCACGCUCGGAAAUUUCUCACGGCUGCCAAUUGGCAACGACAGCGACCCUUGCUUCCACCGAAAGCGUUUGGUGGUGUCAAAUGACGAUCUCUAUGCAGUCGACAGACAUUUUGUACCUCGCAGAUCGUGGAGGCGUGACUUGUCUGAUUUUAGAGCCUGUAAAUUGGAUCAACAAUGUGGGAGAUGGGAAGAGGUGAGAAGCUUGGGCAAUUCAGCUUUCUUCCUCUGCAACCUCUGCUCAUUCGCGAUCCCGGUGCGCGAGCUCGGCUGGUGUCCUGGGGAUUGCAUCUACUACGCCGGCAGCACCUUCACCAAUCACUUGACGGGAGGAACUAGGGCUUUUAGCUUGGCGGAUCGGAAGCCCAGGUUCGUGGAUUUUUCUCGUUUCUUCGAUUGA